AUGGGAGCAUUUUAUGUUGCUAUNUUACAAUGCCGUACUACACGACAGAAGAUUGCAGCUAGUUGUUCCCAAACAAAGCCUAAGCGGCCUGGUAUCUACACAGGUAACGAAAGGGCAAUACUGCUGUUCCUGUUUUUCGAGUCAGUGGUCUUGUUAGUGUUAGCUGUACUUGUGAGAUUCUGUUGCACAUUUUGGAGGAAAAAGAAGCUGCAAGGACAAAACUUGGGAACGUUUCUGGAAAAGCGACGUUCACUCCAACUCAAGAAGAAAGUGUUCGAUAGAACAAUCACAGAACUUGAGCAGAAGGCUGCAGAGGAAGCAGUAUCGGGUGAAGUGAUUGAAAAGCUCAGUAGUUUGGUGCAAGAAAGGAAAGGCGUCGAGAGAAAGCUCUCGACAACUUACAGUUUAGGCAGGGACACUGCAGGCUCAGGUUCAAAGUCUCUCCUUCCAGUAUAUGAUGCUAAAACCAGGAGCUAUUCAUUUCAAGGGCCGAAGAAAGAGAGUGUCACUAUCUUUCACACUCUAAGUACUGAUACAUCUUCUGGCAGUACUGAAACAGAAAACAGUUGGGAUUCCGAAGAAGAUAAAGAUGGGUCGGCAGCCAAUACAAAGGCGAAAGCAAAAGCAAAAGCUCCUAUUGAAGCAGACAGUUCAAGUGAUGAUGGGGUCAUGAUGCAUUGCAGGAGAAGUCCAUCAGAGCCGGCUUCAAGUUCCAGGGGAUUCAUUAGUCCAUUAUUUGUGGAGCAAGAGGGAGAGGUGGUGGAGUCCAUGUCCAUGUCUUCAAGUGUGUUAAAGAGAAGAAGAACAUUGUCUUCAACCAAGUAG